AUGUGGGUGCACGAGCUGAAGAUUUGGCAAAGGUGCUGCAGAAUGCAAUCCCCAAGUCACAGGAUGUGGACUGUUGAAAACUAUCCCUUGCCUUCUUGCUUUCCAGGACAGCAGGAGUCGCAUCCCGCCUUCGUGGUUCCACUGUGGCUUUUUAGCGUUCAGAAUGAAUCAAGCCUAAGGGAGCCGACGGCAUUGGACAUCUCAGGAAAGCUUCUUCAGCAGUAUGCCACUGACGGGUUUGUGACACAAGGUGAACCAGUGAUGCUACGGGUUCAGGAUGAUGCAGUGGUUCUUUCCAAGACAGCAGUUCCACCCGGAUCUUUGUGGUUCUUGAAAGGGGCUGCAAGGGUGCACACGGUUAUGGCCUUGGUGGUCUACUUGGUCAAGCACACAAACUGCACUCUUCAGGUUACUGACCCCUUGCUUUACAAGACCUUGUCUGCGAUCCAGUGCAAGCACAUGCGUUUGCAAAACAAGCAAGCGGAGCUGAAUGAUGAAGCUUCACGGGACGAUCGGCUGGCUGGUGCCAAGAAAAAUUCGGUGACAUCCAUCUUGGAUCUUCCCAAUCAAUGUCGUGAAGUCUUACUGGCAACAGUGAGUGAGUUUGGCUUUGAUGGUUCCCCCUACACUGAUGACAAUCUCGGCAGCAAGAAGUACCUCCCCGGGUAUUCCUUCAAAGGGCGCGCAGUGCCCCGCAAGUCCUCAUGGGUGGAACGAGGCAAAGUUACCAAGGACAGUUGCCUGGCUAUGUUUACCAUGAUCCACAGCCAGCACUGCAAGAAUCCAGACCGCAAGUUGCUGAAGGCCAAUCUGGAGGAGAAAGCUGAGAUUUGCGCGUUGGCUUGUCCCUUGGGUUCAAUGUUCAAUGUUUUGGGGCAGUGUAAACUCAUGAUGUAUUUAAGGCCUAUACCAAUGGUUUCAGGGCAUUGUUUUCUAUGA